AUGCUGCGGUACCUGCUGAAGACGUUGCUGCAGAUGAAUCUUUUCGCCGACUCGCUGGGGACUGAGAGCUCCAACUCCUCCCAGCUCCUGCUCGGCAUCAACAGCUCCAUCGCCGCGCUCGGGCUGCCCCCCGGCAACGAGUCCUACCCGCUGCUGGAGGAUACAGCACCCCGCAUCGUGGAGCACCCCUCGGAUCUCCUGGUCUCCAAGGGGGAACCGGCCACCCUGAGCUGCAAGGCUGAAGGUCGCCCCUCACCCGCCGUGGAGUGGUACAAGGACGGGGAGCGGGUGGAGACGGACCGGGAGGACCCUCGCUCCCACCGCACCCUCCUGCCGGGGGGGUCCCUCUUCUUCCUCCGCAUCCUCCACGGGCGGCGAGGCAAACCCGACGAGGGGGUCUACGUCUGCGUGGCCAGGAACUACCUGGGGGAGGCCAUCAGCAGGAACGCGUCGCUGGAGGUGGCCGUGCUCCGGGACGACUUCCGACAGCCCCCCGGGGACGUGGUGGUGGUGGCAGGGGAGCCGGCGGUCCUGGAGUGCGUCCCCCCGCGGGGCCACCCCGAGCCCAGCGUCUCCUGGAAAAAGGAUGGUGCCCGCCUCAGCGAUAGGGAUGAACGCCUGACGAUCCGUGGUGGGAAGCUGAUGCUGGCCAGCACCCGCAAGAGCGACGCUGGGGUCUACGUCUGCGUGGCCACCAACGUGGUGGGUGAGAGGGACAGCGAACCGGCCGAGCUGGUGGUCUUCGAACGGCCGGCAUUUGGCAAGAGGCCACUCAACCAGGCGGUGCUGGUGGAGGGGAUGGCAGAGUUUCCCUGUGAGGUGCUGGGGGACCCCCGGCCAGCAGCUCGCUGGCGCAAGGAGGAGGGCGAGAUGCCACCAGGAAGGUGGGAGGUGCUGCCGGACAACACUCUGCGGCUGCGCCGCCUGCGCCCGGAGGAUGAGGGCACCUACACCUGCGUGGCUGACAACAGCGUGGGCAGGUCCGAGGCGUCGGGCACCCUCACCGUGCACGUGCCCCCCCAGCUCAUCAAUGGGCCCCGCGACCAGACAGUCAGCCCCGGCCAGAGCGUCACCUUCCAGUGCCAGAGCAAGGGCAACCCACCACCCGCCGUCUUCUGGCAUAAGGAGGGCAGCCAGACGCUGCUGUUCCCGGGCCAGCCCUCGCCGGCCCCGGGCCGGAUUUCGGUCAGCCAGAGGGGUGCCAUCACCAUCACCGAGGUCCAGCUCUCCGACGCCGGCUUUUACCAGUGCCAGGCCAUCAGCGUGGCCGGCAGCGUCCUGGCCAAGGCUCGGCUGCGGGUGGCAGCGGCUUCGACCGAGCUCCUCCCGCCGCCGGACCACCGCGAUCUCGCCAACCGCACGGUGCUGCCCAUGGGGGCUACGGCGUGGCUGCCGUGCCGGGUGGGUGACGGGGCCCCCCCCGGCAGCGUGGAGUGGCUGAAGGAUGGCAGCGUCCUGGUGGGUGCUGAACCCCGCAUUAACCUGCUGGAGAAUGGCACCCUGGAGAUCAGCGAGCUCCGGGUGACAGACUCCGGGCACUAUGAGUGUGUGGCCUCCAGCUCUGUGGGUGAGACACGCUGGGGCAGCACCCUGGAGGUGCAAGGUGACAGGCCCAAGCUCUCCCCACCUUCCCCUAAGCCCAGUGUCCUCCCGGGGCCACCCUCAACCCCUGUGGUCACCAACAUCACCCAAAGCAGUGUCACCCUGAGCUGGAAAGGGAAUGAGGACAGCAGUGCCAAUGAUGUCACCUCCUAUAUGGUGGAGGCUUUCAGCCAGGCGGUGGGUGGCCCAUGGCAGACGGUGGCAGCUGAUGUGAAGGGUGAGACCUACACUGUGAGUGGCCUGGCCCCUGGCACUGUCUACCUCUUCAUGGUGAGGGCAGCCAAUGCCUAUGGGCUCAGCAACCCCAGCGGCGCCUCCAAGCCUGUGCGUACCCAAGCAGAAGCAAGCCCCACACAUCAAGACCUGGACCUCGACCAGGUCCAACAGGAGCUGGCACAAGUGACUGUGCACCUCCAGGAACCGGUGGUGCUGCCACAGGGCACCGUCCGCCUCUCUUGGACCGUGGAGCACCCAGCACCCUUCCUCCAGGGCUUCCGGGUGCUGUGCCGGCGGCGCGGCGGGCGCUGGGAGGAGGCGCGGGCGGGGAGGGAGCCGGCAGAACGCGGGGCCCUGCUCACUGAGCUGCGCCGCGGCCAGGACUACGAGGUGAAGGUCAGAGCCUACUUCAGGCACCUCCAGGGCCCCGACAGUGCCGUGCGUGCACUGCGCACCUCUGAGGCGGCUCCCAGCGCCCCGCCAAGGGCUGUCAGUGUGGCUGGGAACGGCACCAGUGUCCGCAUCUCGUGGCAGCCACCACCGCUGGCCGAGCAGAACGGCGUCAUCCGGGACUACCGGAUUUGGUGCCUGGGCAACGAGAGUCGCUUCCACAUCAACCAGAGCGUGGAGGGGACGGUGCUGACGACGGUACUGCGGGGCCUGGUCCCCGGCGUCCCUUACCGUGCCGAAGUCGCUGCCGCCACCGGCGCCGGCGUGGGCAUCCGCAGCGCUCCUGUCCCCAUCCGCAUCGGUGAGUCCCUCAGCACAACCACCGCCAUGGGCUGGGGGCUGACAGGGGCCGCCCCAGUGCUGGGGGUGGGCUCCUGGACCCCCACCGGCGUGUGCCCGUCCGCACUGUCGCCUGCAGCGCCGCCGUCGGAGCAGGAUGGGGGGCCGGGGCGCGGCCGCAGGCUGGCGGAGCGCUGGGCGGAGCUGGCCACACGCCCAGCCUUCAUCGCCGGCGUCGGCGGCGCCUGCUGGCUGCUCCUCGCCGCCUUCGCCGCCUGGCUCUAUGGCCGACGCCGGAGGAAGAAGGAGCUCAGCCACUUCACCGCCUCCUUCGCCUAUACGCCCACCGGUAAGCCCUUAGGUGCCGCGGGGACGCGGCGUGGCCCUUCCUCACCCUCAUCCUCACCUCUUUCCACAGUUGCCUUUCCAGCGCCGGCACGCGGCAGCCCCAGGACAGCUGCCAGCGCUGUUUACCCAUGGCUGGCAGACACCUGGCGUGGUGGUGGCGGUGGUGGCAGUGGUGGCAGCGGUGGUGGUGGCAGCAGUGUUGCAGCCACCGCUUGCUUGGGGACCACCGAAAGAUACUACAAUGAUGCUGGCAUCAGCAGAUACAUUGCCCAGACCGAGCAGUUUGGGGCAGGCACUGGCGAGGGGCCGGUUUACAGCACCAUUGAGGUGGGUGCUGAGGAGCUCCACACCUUCCCCCGGCCUUUCUCACACCACGGGACACCCUACCCCGGGGAAGCUCCCCAGCCAAUGGAUGUCCCAACCCCCCAGGCACCCCGAGGCUGGACUGAGCAAGGGGCCAAAGGGAAGAAGUUGGGGCAGGCAGUCAAACCACCAGUGGUGAGCUGGACAGAGCUGCUGCCCCCCCCACCCUCGGCCAGUGAGCUCAGCCAGUGCACCCAGGAGGAGGAGGAAGAGGAGGAGGAAGAGGAAGAGGCAGCCCAAGGGUUGGGCACAGGGCAGUGGUACCCUGGUGAGGAAGUUCCCUGUGCCACUGCCGCAUCGUCUCCCACCGCCUCCUCUGGCUGCCGGUCCACGGCCACGCUGACGCCAUCCCCUCGUGCCCACGAGGAUGCCCCCCACCCCUGCAGCCCUGAGAGCCACUGCCUGAUCUGGAGACACCCCCCGGGCACCGCCACCCCCCCAGGAUCACCCAGCCCCCCGUCGAGUCCUGAUGCCAGCGAGGGUCACCCACCCCGAGUCCGCCGCGCCCCUGGCACAGGGAAAAGCCGUCGGGAGCCGCCGCGGAGCCGCCCGAAGCCCCGAAGCCGCUACCGCCGGGAAAAGCCGCAAGGAGAUCUGCCGCCGCCACCGCUGCCACCGCCGGGCCAGACCCUGGUGCCGGAGCCGGAGCCGAGCGGGGCCGAGCGCAAGGCGCCCCCGCAGCAGCCCCCCCGCGGCGAUGACGUCAUCCCCUACGUCAAACCCUCCUGCCUGCCCCGAGGGCAGGUGUCCGGCAGCUGCUCCACCACGGGCAGCGUCUCCUCCCGCGGCUCCAGCGGCUCCCGCGGGCACGGCUCGGGGCGCAGCCGGACGCCGGCGGAUCGCGGCCAAGGGACCGGACAUCGCCGUCGCCCGGGGCCCUCAUGUCCCUGCCCGGCGCAGGAGAAACGAUGA